AUGAGCCCUGCCCCACUAACACGCGUGCAAAAACUAGUUCAUCAUUUAUGCAUUUCAGAUACCAAUCGUUGUGUUAACAUGUGGGAUGAAGGCUGUAUCAACGGACAACUGCCUGGAUCAGGUCGCGAUGACGAUUACAUAAACGGUGGUUUCAACCCCGGUAAACGGUGUAUCAACAUGUGGGAUGAAGGGUGCACGAACGGACAACUACCCGGUUCAGGUCGCGAUGAUGACUACAUAAAUGGUGGCUUCAAUCCUGGAAAACGAUGCAUUGGAAUAGGGUGCGAUAAUGGCUGGCUGGAAAGUACAGGAAACAGCAAUGGACAUCGCAACAAUCGAUUUGAUGGUCUCAGAAUUACUAACGAAUUACUGGCAAGACUGUACAAAAAUAGGCAACACUAA